AUGUAUAAAGACAAAGACAAUUGGGAACAAGUCUGGUACAAGCUGAGAGGUGUAUCAUUAGAAUUGUUUAGAACAACUAGGGGUAAUGCAAUCAGACGAAUUAAAUCUAGCUUGUUUCAAAAAUUUCAGAAUUUAGAAGAAAUCAAUAAUGAUGCAACGAUAAACCAAAUAUUAGAAUGGAAAGACAAUGAUUCAACAAAGGAGGCCCUUGACUCUUUAUGUGAGAUUGAAGAGGAUGAUGAUAUGACUUUCUUUGAAAACAUCACAAGAGAAGCAUUUGCUGGUGAUAGAGGAAAAGUAAAUGGGACCAACAAAAGCUUUGUAUGGGCAAUAUUAAAUGCUUUUCUUGGCACAGAAAAUAACUCCUUACAUCUGGGUGAAAAAAUGAUUGUGCCAUUGAUGGCAAAAUAUGAGAGUGAGAAUGUUGAUCAUGAUGUUUGCAAAUAA